UGAGAGAUGGAACGCCGUCCUGCGCUCUGAUGACAGAUGGCGGAUCCUCGGAUGUGAGCAGCAGCCUCCAGCAGGAUGAACGGUCCGCUCGCGCUCUGCUGCCUCCUCCUCUGCGCUCACACUCUCAGCCUCAUAGACGGUUAUUUAAAUGUUUCCAUUGCACCACUUCCUCCUGUGGUUAUUGGAGACACAGUCACACUGAAGUGCAACUUCCAAACGGACGGCAACCUCCGAGAGAUUGUGUGGUUUCGGGUGAGCACGCAGGUGACAGAAGGAGGAAAUGCCAAGCAGAAGAUCUUCACCUAUGAUGCCAUGUACAACACCAACUACUCAAACAUGGAGGACUACCGUAGACCUGAGGACCUGGUCUACCAGUCCACUGUGCGGCUUCCUGAGGUCCAGAUGGAGGAUGAUGGCCUGUAUGAGUGCCAUGUGGGGAUCUAUGACCGAAGCUCCACAGGCAGAGUGAUUCUAUCCUCCAGCAGCAUCACCCUCACUGUCAUAGUACCUCCCAAAUCUAUCUCUGUGGUGGCAGCCAACAGCCCCGCUCCUUUCAGCCGCUACGAGGCGCAGAACUUCUCUCUGGUCUGCAUCGUGACGGGAGCCAAGCCCGGGCCCACGGUGUUCUUCAAGCGAGACGGUGAGCUGAUUGAUGUGGUGCCAACUGCCCAGUUUUCCUCCUCAGUGGAAGACAAAAGAAAGGGCCCAAGGCUGGAAAAGGGCUGGAGCUCCCAGGCUCUCACAAGUAGAGACCUAGAUGACACCAAAGUCCAGAAGUCCCUAUCCCUUCUGGAACUAGAAGGGAAGCUGGCUCGGCUUGGCCAGGACGGCCUUCGGGGCUCAGACAAGGGCCAAGAGCAGGAAUCUGAAUCAGACCCCGAGAUAACCACUGAGGCGAUCCCUGAGACGGUGGUUAGCCGGGAGUUUCCCCGCUGGGUCCAGAGCAGCGACCCGCUCUAUCACUUCCAGCACCAGCAGCAGGCGGCGGGGGACGGCACCAUGGAGGUGAGGGCCAUGCUGACCUGGAGCCUCAACCCCCAGCUGGACAACGAGGCUCUGUUCAGCUGUGAGGUGCACCACCCCGCUCUGUCCAUGCCCAUGCAGGCUGAGGUCACACUGUCUGCUCCUAGAGGACCCAAGCUUUUCAUGAGCCCCAGUAGGGCCAGGGUGGGGGACACCGUGCGGAUUACCGUCCAGGGCUUCAGGCUUGGACCUCUUGCAAGUGAGGUUUUCCCUGAGCCCAUGUACACCUGGACCCGGGUAGGGGGGCUCCUGCUGGAUGGCAGGGAGUAUCAUGCAGGCAGAGAGCUGGUCCUGGACCGAGUCCCUGCUGAGCUCAACGGCUCCAUGUUCCGCUGCACAGCCCAGAAUCCUCUAGGCUCCACAGACACACACACCCGCCUUAUCGUGUUUGAAAACCCCAGACUGAAGAAAGAAAGAGGACAUGUUGUCGCCGCUGGGCUGCGUCUCCGCUCCAUGUCCUUCUCCCUGGUGCUGCUGCUGGGCCCCACCUGCAGGCUGACAUGACCCGAGGCUUCAGCUUCUCAACACCCCCACUUGCACCCACCUGCACCCCCCUGAGGCUCUACAGAGACCCGCAGUUCUGAACAUUAAAGGUGCCGUGGGACUGAAGACAGAUCCUGCAGCCCCACCCACAGAGCAGAAGUCCGCCGGGAACACCGGACCAGGUUCUCCAGAAGGACUGUUGGGGGUUUCUGGUUCUGUGUCUGCUCCCCUCCCACAGUGGAAUCUCUAAAGACCACAUCAAAUACCACUGACAAUGCUUCUGUAACAUUCUAGACAAGUGAUUUUAUUCUGUGUUUGUGUGGCAUCUCUCCCCCCGCCAUUCAGUCAUUUGCUUCCAAAGCAGUCAUUUGCUUCCAAAUGACUGAAUGACCCUGUCUGGGGGACACGCUCUCUAAUGACCCAGGAGACACUCAUGUCCCUAGACCAGACAUGCAUCAAUUUUAGUGGUAUAAACUAUAUAUUUGAUAUAUAUAUAUAUGUUAAUAUUUCUCUUCUCAACACUUCAACUACUGUUGACAGGUUUCAGAGAAAGAAAAUAGAUCCGCAGUGUUUCUAAGAGAGACUGCAGAGGAUGUGAGUCCUCUAAACCCAUGU